CCAAAUCGGAUCUACGCGUAUCUUUGAACUUCUUAGUAAAAAGAUUGAAAUUUGUUGAAGUGCACGAAAUUAACAUUUUGAUCUAAGACAAGAGCAUCGUCGUGCCAAUUCAAGAGUUGCUGCUGCAUUCUGAAACGUUAUGGCGGAUUCUGAGUACGAAGAAUUUCGUCUGCACUUCGAUCGAUUACCCCAACACAUUCGAGCACCAGCCAAAUGUUACACUUUAGUACACGACAUCACGCCUUGCGAUGAUUUACCAAAUUUUGAGGGCGUUCUAUCGUCCUGUGUGACAGAAUCACCGUUUGCCAAACGUGAAUCGAUCAUCGUCGAAGAGGUAUGCACUGGAAAGACGCCUGAAACCGUAACAAUAGCUCCAGCCCAAGCAGAAGACGACGUAAGUAACCCGGCCAAGGAAAUCAACCAGAAACCACCUGAACGAAAACGAAGAAAAUUACCAGAGAUUCCGAAAAUCCAUCAGCACCAAAAAUUAGAUUUUAAGCGAACUCCGUCACUUGCCGACGAGUUGUCACAGUUGGAUAUCGGUGCAUCAACAUGUGUGCCUUUAGUAUCCGAACAACGUCAUCGCCAGUUUUUCAAACCACAUCUCCAGUACCGAGAGGAACAAAGUCCGUGUGAGUCAGACGUCUGGCCAGGCACUGAUGGCGAUUCCGGCCGAGAUUCGACAGCUCAUUCCCCGGAAGGCUCUAAAGGUUCUUCACCAUACAAUAUUCCGGAUACUGCAUCUUCAACACCAAGCGCCGAAUCGCUUCCACCUCUGACUGACGUCGAAGCAACUCACCGUGGAUUGCACAAAUUUACAGGACGGCAUUCCGAUGAAAUUGACAUCGACAUCGGAGAUCCUGUGUAUGUCCAGCAAGAAGCAGAUGAUUGCUGGUGCGACGGUAUCAACUUGAGAACUCAACGUCGAGGCAUCUUCCCUUCUGCAUACGUCGUUGAUGUCGACUAUGAUUUCGAUCCUGAUGGACGUCGGGUUAACAAAGAACGAUACGUCCUCGAUUUCCUGGGGUCUGUCGAGACCCUGGUGAACAAAGGCGAGCAAGUUCUCUGUUCUGCCGUCGACCGGAUGCGGAAGACGCCCAUAGCUCUUCCGCAGUCUUGCAUUCUAGAGAUAUCUGACCAAGGACUUCACGUCAUGGAUAAAUGCAAACAAAACGACGCGGAUCGCUUCCCUUGUCACGAUUACUUUUUUGCUUUGAAGAACGUCACCUUUUGUGGAUUUCACCCCACCGAACAACAAUACCUCGGCUUCAUUACCAAACACCCCAACGAAGAGCGGUUCGCUUGCCAUGUCUUCCAGGGUAAUGGAUCGACUCGGCACGUAGCGGAAGCUAUUGGGAGAGCUUUUCAACGGUUCUGUCGCAAAUUCAUCGAGUUAGCCUACCCAAUUCACGAGUUCUACAUGGAAUGAGCUCAAACAACAAAGUUGACGCUUCAAUUCAUUACUUCCUCUACUUAAAUUUUCUCCUUGUGAUAUACAGAUUUGGCAAAUGUUGGUUUUUUUCAGUUUUUUUUAUUAGAGAGCUUCAUCUCAUCGCUCAUCCAACGUGUAUCGGAAUACAAUCACUGCGAAUGA